AUGUCCCUCUUUCUCAAGGUUAAGGAGGACUUCCCAAUUAUACGUGCACAGAAAAGCUCCUUGGAGGUCAAAAGAAAGGGGGUGGCACCUCAUAGUGUCGCUCUGUGCAGGCCACUGCCACGGACCCCCCGAGGUCAGGUCCAAGCCCUGCUGUCGCUGUGCGCUGCACCCGCCAUGGAGGAAGCUCAUGCUCUGGCCCAGCCCCAACAGGGUCUGUUCCAGAGGUUGCUGGAGCACACGAGACCCUCAAGCAGGAAGGAGCAGAGACGCAGUUGGAGUGAGCGGCAGCCAAGGUGGUGGGGGAGGGCAGAGGCAGCGGCGGCAGGGCCGUGUGAGUGGGGUCCAUUGCAGCCCCCCAGAGUGCCCUCAGGGCCUCACGCGCUCCAGUGCCGGGCCAGUGCGCGAGGAGGGAGGCUGCGGCGGUGGCCCCAGAGCAGCGCACAUCACCCAGCAGCGGCGCUUGUCUUCUGCGGUGGCCUGAGCUUCUCCAAGAGCACUCCUGGUUGCGGAGCUCCGCGUCGCCAUCCCCUCAGCCUGUCUCCUCUCAGCCAGCAGCAGUCUCCUUCCGGGACCUGCUCCCCAAAUCCCUCUUUCCUCACCCUGCCUUGCGCACACUGGCGGACACCCAUCUCAGGCUGGGGCGCACCGGGCUGUGGGCUGGACCAUCUGUGUGGGUUUCCCUCUGUCCUGCCUGCCAGCGCGUGGCUGCUGCGCUCUCCCUGGAGCCCCCAAGCUUCCCUUCAGCCCCAGCUGAUGGCCCUGCUGGUGAGGGGCUUCCCCAGAUAUGAGACCCUCUUCCAACUUUCACUCUCCACCAAGGAUGCAGCCCCGUUCUGCUUCCUCUCUUCCUUUUCCUUCCUUUUUUCUUUCAUCCUAUCUGAUUACACAGGAAUCUGCCUUGCCCCUCCUGUAUCUCAGGUCCCGUACCUCAGGUCCUCUGCUAGAAUCCAGCAGGUGCUCUGAGAGCACUUUUCCAUUUGUAGAUGUAUUUUUGAUGCAUUGUGGGGAGAGAUGAGCUCCACGUCCUUCUACUCCUCCGCUAUCUUGUUAGGGAGUCAAGACAGCUGAGAAGUAGGACAAUGUGGAGUUCAUCUAUAUAUUUUCAUUUCUGUAAGGUGAGUUAGUUAUAUCCCUACUUUUAUUUCUGAUUUUACUAACUUGAAUCUUUACUCUUUCUUGUUCAGUCUAGCUAAUGGUAUAAUAAUUUGAUACUUCUGAAGAAUCAACUUUGGUUUUAUUAAUUUUCUCCAUUGUUUUUCUUUUUCACCAUUUC